GUGUGUGUGGUCAGUCAGUCCAGACGGAAGCCGGACAGUCAGGGUACGUGGGCUCUAAGGUGGAUCUACCAUGUAUUUUUAUCAACAGCAUCCCACCUGUCAAGAUCUCACAGGUGACAUGGCAGAAGGUGAUUAAUGGAAAGAAACUGAACGUGGCGAUAGCUAACCCGUCUCUAGGCGUGUCUGUGGCUCCGCCCUUCAAAGACAGAGUCAGCUUCAAAAACCCUGUGGUGCGGAGGAAAACUCCGUCCCUGGAGGACACCACUCUGACCCUCUUGUCUCUGCGACUGUCUGACGAGGCCAGAUACAUCUGUGAAUACACUACCUUCCCUGCUGGCAACCGCGAAAACACGGUCAACCUCACAGUCUACGCCCGACCUUUGACCCAGAUGAGUUUGUCGACACCCACACUGGUAGCUCGAUCAUCCAAUCUGAAGACGCCGGUCGCCACCUGCCUCUCGGCCAAUGGGAAGCCUCCAGGAACCAUCAGGUGGGAGACGCGUGUGCGUGGUGAGGCGACCACCCAGGAGAUCCGUAACUCUGAUGGGACGAUCACGGUGCGAAGCGACUUCAUCCUAGUACCCAGCAAGAACACACACCUGGAGACACUCACCUGUAUCACCUCCUAUAACCAGGAGACAUACACCGACUCUGUCACGCUGGACAUACAGUAUGAACCAGAGGUGUCAGUGGAGGGGUUCGAUGGGAACUGGUACCUGGACCGUCAGAAUGUUGAGCUCACAUGUCUGACCGAUGCCAACCCACCUGUCUCUCUGUUCCAGUGGAGAAUGUUGAAUGGUUCCAUACCGAACAGUGUAGAGAUCCGUGACAGUGUCCUGUUAUUUAAAGGACCAAUCAGAUACGAGGUAGGAGGGACUUAUGUCUGCGACGCAACCAAUAGCAUUGGGACAAGCUCCGCCUUCAUGGAGGUCAGCAUCACAGAAGAGCCACUGCCCCAGGUGGGAACGGGUGAUGUCUUCAGUGUUCUGGGCAUGCUAUUGGCUGUGGGGCUGAUUCUGGGCGUGGCGAUCACUGUGCUGCUUCUUAACAGGAGAAAACAGAGGGGAGAGAUGGACGCUGACUCGACAGACUCUGCUCCUUCUCUUAAACUGGCUUCUCCUCCUGCCAGGAGAAAACCUGGUGAUGAGAUCCAGCGGUCAGGGAGGGUGUAUGAGGACCUCCCCAACACAGCGGACUAUGUCAGCUACCGACUGGCCUGCAACAAGGAUGACUACCCAGAACCCUACUCUCCCCCCAUCAACCCUCCCCUCUCCCUCCCUGACUCUCCACCUAUCAACCCUCCCCUCUCCUUCCUCUCCCAGCACGCCUACACCCACUCCAACAAUACCUUCUCCCCCGCCUCCCAUCCCUCCUCUGUCUUCAGAUAUCCUUCCCUCCCCUCCCUAUCCCCCCCUCCCGGCCUUGCACCCUACACCUUCCCUAAAGAACA